AUGCGUCCCUCUUCGGCUUUUGUUCUCUCAUACCUAUCCGGCGUAGCCGCCGGUGCCUUCGCCGGCAUGGGCGGCACGAUUCAGGAGCCCGUCUGUGCCUAUGCCUGUCGUAGUGUCAUCUCCUCCUCCCAGCUCGCUUGCACUCCGCCAAUGGACCAUUCUCAUGGUUCAAGUCAUACCGAUAUGACGUCUCCAGACUGCCGUGGAAGCGACGCGGCUUUUCUAACCACAUUGGCCUAUUGCAUCGCUUCCAGGUGUCCUGACGUGCCAAUCUGGCAAUUGGAACGAUAUUGGGCCGCCCAAGCCAGUGGUGAUCCUACUGUCCAGGCUAAGUGGGACUACCAUUCGGCUCUGGAACAAGUCACUACGCCCCCGAAUGUUACCUAUAAGGCUGGAAACACGCUCAAUUCCACUAUGCUGGUUUCGCAGGAGUCCUGGGAUAUUUAUAAUAAAUUUAUCCCCGUCCUGGAUGGCGGCUCUGUUCUCAUGUACCGAUAUGCACUUAUCAUUGUGCUCGUCGGUUUCGCCACUCCCAUUGCCAUCACACUUCUUUCCCGUCUUCCCUUCGUGUCCGGCUUCGUCGACCUUGUCAAUCCCUACCUGGUAUGGCCCUCCAUCAUUGGCCGGUAUCAUGUACGGCCACUGCCUUGGCUCCUAGGAAACCCACCCACCAUGGGACAGGCCAUGUACAUUGUCGGGUUCUUCAUCCUGAACCUCGUGCUCUCCUUCGUCGGCUACGAAUCCGCCCAACCCCACCCAUGGGGAUACAAUCACCGGGGCGAGAUCUUGGCAUACGCCGGAUACCGCACCGGAGAGUUUGCCUUUGCGCUCCUACCGUUGACGAUUCUCUUUUCCGGGCGAAAUAACAUCCUCCUCUGGCUGACGAACUGGUCUCACUCGACUUACCUGCUCCUCCACCGUUGGAUUGCCCGUCUCUUUGCUCUACAUACUAUCCUCCACUCCGUCUUCCUCCUCGCAGCACGAAUCCAAACGGGGACUUAUUCGACAGAUAAAGACCUACCCUAUUGGCAGUGGGGAAUCGUAGGGACUGUUUUCGUCAGCGCUAUGCUCGUUUUUGCGCUCCUCUGGUUCCGCCGCUUAAGCUACGAGGUAUUUCUCAUCACCCAUAUCAUCAUGGCCGUAUUUGUCGUCGUCGGAAGCUGGUACCACUUGAUUCUCCGAUUCGGCUACGGCGGCGAUCACGAAUAUUGGCUCUACGCUUCUGCUGCUGUUUGGGGCUUCGAACGGCUCCUCAGAAUCCUCCGCAUGGUAAAGAACGGCGUGUGCAGGGCCACCGUAAUAGAAGUUGGCCCGAACCACGUCCGCGUCGACAUCGUAGGAGCUCGGUUCAGUGGCAAACCCGGAUACCACGGAUACAUCUACUUCCCGACGGUGAAUCGCCUUCGUCCGUGGGAAAACCAUCCAUUUUCUACAAACUCCACAGGCCUUCUACGCUCUUACAAAACAACUUCCCUGAGCAACUCACCGGUCCGUUCGUCCGAUAAACACGAGCACGAGACCGCAAUCAAGGCUUCCGAGGUUCGUCCCAUGGGCAGUUUAAUCACCAACGAUGGGAUUACCCUCUACAUCCGCAAAUCCACAGGCAUGACCCGCUCUCUACGCAAAGCCGCCAGCCUCCCAGUCCUUCUCGAUGGACCCUAUCUCAACAACCGUCCCGAUGCCAUCCUGGACUGCGACCGUGUGCUACUCAUCGGCGGUGGCAUCGGUAUCACAGGGCUCUUAGCCUUCGUUCCGUCCCAUAGAAAUGUAAAGCUUGCGUGGAGCGUGAACGAGACUGCUCAAGCAAUCGUCGAAGACUUGAGUCCAGUUCUUGAGAGUAUCGCGGACAGGGAGAUUCGAAUCGGCGACAGGUUAAAUGUAGAGGCACUGCUCAGACAAGAAGUUGCGACGGGGUAUGAGAGGGUUGGAGUGGUGGUUUGUGGACCGGGUGGGCUUUGUGAUGAUGUACGUGCUCUCGUGUCGAGACUUGGAAGGCACGAGAAGAUGGUGUUCGAGCUGGAGGUUGAUGCCUUUUCUUGGUGA